GAAAAAGAGCAUAGGCAAACAACUGACUCCUGACACCCGAAUAUACGAAGGAAUGGGCUUGUAUCCUUGGCUGGCAAUCGACCGAGGAGAAGGAAAACCUAUUGCUGCCUUGAGGAUAUACCCAAACAUGGGAAACCCUACCAGGGUUAAACUACGAAAAAAAAAAGUAGUUUAUGACCCCUAGGCAGCUUAAUGAAUGCAGUGCUAUAUACUAGAAGAAUAAGCUGUAUCGACACCUGCUGUUCCCAUGGACCUCUCAGCUGCGUGAAGAGAAGGGCGUCGAUGACCGGACUCCUGACUCAUAUCUAAGAGAUAAACAUAGUCGUCUUACAACUACAGAAGGCGAAUGAUUCAAUUUCCUGUUACAAUCAAUUUUAGCGAAGCGAACAUAGUGUUGCAUUGUUAUACACAUAUUGGGCAUUCGCCUAUUAAAGGAAUCAUACAUCCCGAUCUUGUGUGAUGCGGGACAUGUUCUACGUCAUAAUGAAUUACGCACACCAAGAGUUGCGAUAGCAUGGAAGCCAAAACAAGGAUUUACCACAAUGAUGCUCGUAUUAAUAGGCGCCACACCUUCAUGGAGGACCUCAGAACAGUGGACACCAGGUGGGAGGAGGUUUUAGACAUUGCCAGUGACAGAUCUUUAUGGAGACAGCUUGCCGCCCAAUGUGCCGAACGGCGCGGGAGGACCUAAGUCUAAAAACGAUGCUGGUAACCUAACGAUGAGACCACCAGGAGCUAUAAAUUUUCAUCCAUACUCUGGAAAGUAUCGAUCAACAAAAAUCAGCCAGCCAUGAAAUCAAAACUUGUCGCCUCCAUUGAUCUAAUCAAAUUAAUAUUGACCAGUAAGCCAGUGGAUUUCCACAUAUCUUUAAUUUUAGUUCAAUUCAAUUUCAGAAAGUUUUGUGACAAUACGCGACGUAAAAAAACUUUGUAUUUUCUUGUUCAUAUCUCUUGACGUUUCUCACAUUACUCUAAAACGGAUGUAGUGAUAUACUAAGAUGUGAUUCUUACAUUUCUCUAAAUUGUUCGCAACUUUUCUUUGUAAUUGAAAGAUGUGGCAAAAAUCCAAAUCCGAUUGAAAACUAUGACAUUUUAAUGGGUUCUAAUUAGAAAAGAAAUUCCAAGAUACCGUUUCUUUUAUUUGGUCAAUACAUUUUAAAAGAAAACUAUUUUAAAUGUUUGUGUAAUCAGGAGAACGGUACUGAAAGUAAAUAAUUACAUGAAUUGAAUCAACAAAGAAGAAGCGUUGUAUUAUAAUGUUAGUGAGUGAGAUAUAUGUAAUUAUUGUUAUAUUAAUUACGUGUUUUUAUCUACACGGUUUGUUAUGUCAGACAAACGGCAUGAUCAAAGCGACAUUCAAGUCUUACGCAAACCUGAGUAGCUUUGGACAGGUGAUAAACCAAGGCACCAAUCAUUCCAGACUCUGGUGUGCCUUCCAAUGUCUGUCUAACGCAAACUGCACAGGUUUCAGGUACAGACAGACUUGUCAGAUUGUGGACAGCAACGUCAAUACAAGUGUCUUGAAUUUCUCCAGCGGUGAUGACGUGUUAAGAAAGCGGAAAGUCUUCCUUCGAGACUUAUGUUACAAUCCAGUGAAUUUGUCGAUGUACAGCUUGAGUAAACUACCAGUGAGACUCACUUUAGGCGACAUGGUGUACCUCAGGGCGACUUUGGUCAAGCACGGCGAUGUCAGGGUGACCCUCUUCGAGCAGCUCGACCAACUGAACACCACCUACGAGUUCCGCGCCAGGUGCACCACCUCCGCCUGCGGGAACAAGUACGUCACCAUCAGCAACAGGUACGACGGCACCUGGAACAUGAGUACCUACAGCAGCAUCCCGGCGUACAGCCUGGCGGUCAACGAGACCUUUGAGUACCACAUGCUGGUGACUUCACAGGGCCUGGUCACUUACCUGAAAAACGUGUACCAAUACACCCUGAGUACUUUACUGUCAUACUCCGGUGUCAACUAUGUCGUGCUAAGUGGAAACAUUCAAGUGGAAGAAUUUAGUUUGUAGUUGUGGGUUAUAGUAAAUGCAUAGAUUUUGGGUAUCCAUUUUUUUUUCUGCCACAGCUCUGUUAAUUGUACAUAAGAAAUGGUCACAAAUGUUAUUAGUUGCUGAUUAAUAAAACUAAUUUGGUAAACCAAUGAUACACGUUAAAAUGUCAUUUUGUUCACUUCAGUGAUAUCAAACACAAAAACAAUCACAGCUAUGAUAAAACUCAAAGACUUUAUAACACUUACAGGGGCGGACUGGCUAUAUGGGCAUUCGGGCAAAUGCUCGGUGGGUCGGUAUCCAAAUGGGCCGGUGGGACCACAGUAAGUAUCUUCUUUUUUUGAAAUCACGUCUGUAUUUUAUAAGAUAAGGGCCGCAUGGAUGUCACUAUUAAAUUGUUAAAUUUUUCAUAGUAUUCCUUUUUCAGGGGAAGGGGCCUCUGAGCGAAGUAUUUUCUUUAAAAUCUUUUACAGACUCUACUAAGGCCUACUUAUUUAAUCGAACACAUUUUACGAAAUAAUGUAAUAGCCUACAUCGGCAGAGCUUCAUCCUUUUAGGGCCUAUACACUUUACGAUUAAAAAACAACAUAAAGUCUUUAUUCCUUAUAAGGGCAUAGUGUUCACUGUAAGCAUGUGCACAUCUAUCGAUACAUUAUCAAAUUUAACAUAAUGAUUUUGAGGACAGGUAGACUUAGAACUUUAUGUCCAUCAUACAAUAUACAAUUUAUGGGCCGGAUGGUUUAGAAAUGCCCGGGCCGGUUUUGAUACCCAGUCCACCCCUGGACGCUUGGUACAACAUACCCUCACAACCAGUCACUUUACACCAUAGGAAGACAAGCACUCAAAGCAAUACGCUCUCUACCUAACUACCUAAUUAUCUCUAUGUCAUGAAGGAGAAGUUGAACAGUACAACGCUCUAGCAAAUAAAGAUUUCAUUGUUAGUGGAGUGUGUUCA